AUGAAUAACGAAACAUCGGAAUUAGAAAACAAACCCGAAAACAAGAAUAUGUGUAAGCGUGGUUGUGGCUUCUAUGGAAGUGUGCAGUUUCAAGAUAUGUGCUCUAAAUGUUAUCAGGAACAAAUUAAGUGUGAUUCUUCUUUGGAACAGGCAACGCUAGUUCAUCCCACUACACAUGAUGUGACAGAUAAUAGAAAAGCACAGCGUUUGGAUUGCUGCGAAAAUUCUCCCGAUGACUGUGACACAAUUCAGUCAGAUUCAAGUUCAUCUUCCCAACUAUCUCGUGUGCUUAAACGGAAGGCGGACUCUGAAGUUGCUUUAGAGACGUCCAAAGCUGAAUCAACAUCCCGUUCCGUCCCUCGAAUAAAUCGAUGUACUUGGUGUCGCAAGCGUGUUGGAUUAACAGGUUUCGCUUGUCGUUGUGAUGGAUUGUUUUGCUCUUUACAUCGAUAUUCUGACCAACAUGAAUGUGCCUACGAUUAUCAGGCCAAUGGUCGACUGGAGUUAGCUCGCGCCAAUCCGGAAGUGCGAUGUCCUAAAAUCCGGAAAUUGUGA